GGCCUCCCUACCCCCACCGCCCCCGCCCCCGUGACCCCAGGGCUGGUGAGCUCCAGGAAGGCCACGGGCCUUCAGGGGAGGCCUGUCUGUGAGCCAGAGAGGUUCACGGGGCUUCCCAGGGCACAAGGCAGCCUUCUGUCUGGACAAUCCCCUGCGGGUCCAAGCUGCGUGGCCUCGGGCAGUUAUCUGCCUGCCGCCUCCCCCGACCCGCAUAGGCCUGUGAACAGCCGGCUCCGGUUGUUAGCUGGAGAAAUACAGUGCUUCUGCAAAAGCCAGAAGUUUCUUGAUUUCCCGAUUCCGUGCCUGUGGCUUUGAGGGCAACUCAGGAAGCUGGGCCUCCGGGCUGUGAGGCCUUCCCGCCGCCGAGAUGCGCCUGCCUGUUGUGGGGGGAGAUUGCGUUUCCUGUGGGGUGGAGCUGAAGCAGCUUGGGGGAGCCGCCUGUCUGUUCCCUGAGGCCGGGCGCCGAAGGGCUCCGCCUGGACUGGGCUGGGGGCUGGGAAUGUGCGGUGAAACCCAGGUCUCCCUGGGGCGACUCGGGCAGAGUUUCCACUUCCGGACCUGUUUCCCAGGGGAGUGCCCGCUUCCUGUGCGUCAGCACGGCUUGGGCCCAGGCCCCUCCGGUUCCGUGACCCCGAGGGCAGCACGGUCCCUGCCCCCGCCCCUCUCCAGGACUGACCUCAAGCAGUGGGCCCAGGAGACUGUCGCCCAUGCCGCCUCUCCCUCCCCACCUCCGCCUGAGCUUGUUGUCUUCAUUUGAUGUCUCGGCUUCCGUCGUCCUUCCUGCUGUCUGAUUUUCACUGUGUCUCCUUGACCAGCGUGUUCUUCAUUUCCAGAGAGACACGGGGUCGUGUGUUGAUAUCCGUCAGCCUGCGUUCCUGGCUGGGAAGGCACCUGCUCCGGGAGGAAGCCUGGAAACAGUUCGCCACCCUGGACAACCCGCUCACCACUCUCCUGGACAUGCUGGACGCCAGUCGGGGCUGUGGGGGACGGGGCCCCUCGCUGGAGGCCUGGGUGGCCCGCGAGCUGGAGCGCUGGCUACAGGCACAGCCACACCCGGGGCCCGCCCAGGGCGGCCGAGCACUGAAGCCGCUGCAGGCCCGUGCGGUCCGGCUCCUCACCGAGGGCCCCCCCAGCCUUGUGGAGCCGCUGGUCAGCAUCUUCCAGCUGCAGGACGCAGACCGGAGCCCCGUGCUGGCUCACAUUCACCGGCUGCACCAGGAGGGCAAGUUCAAAGAGGCCAUCGUGCUGGGCACGAAGCUGCAGCUGCAGGCAGAUCUCGACGUUGAGAAGAUGUGUGUGCCCCUGCUCCUGCAGGACAAGGUGGACCUCGCAGAGCGCUACGUGGACAGCUUGCCCCACCUCCAGCGGAGGCUGCUUGCCCUCAUGGACUCCUGGUGUCAGCCCGGCUUUGACAUCAGGGUCAUUGCCAGGCAGUACCCGCAGGCGACCCUGCGGCUGGAGAGGCUGAGCCCCAGAGCCCUGGGCCGGCACGUGCUGCGGCUGCUGGAGCACCACAGCCUGGACCCCACCCUGUGUCCCAACGCAGUCACUCAGCAGCACCUGGCUGCCCUGCGGUACCUGUGCUACAAGCGGCUGGUGGAGAGAAGCAUGUCCCAGGAGAGCUGGGCUGAGCUGGUGCAGGGCCUGCUGGGGCAGGACGAGCGCCUGCAGGAGCAGCUGUUACAGCUGCUGGCCUCUCAGGAAGACGUGGCCAUGGUUGCCCAGUGUGCCCUGGAUCUCUCGUUGCCUGCGGAGCGACUCCCAGCCACAGUAGUGGCAGAAAUGAGCCAACUCAUGCUCCAGGAGAAGACAGCCGAGGCACCUUCAGAGGACAGGCAGGAUGACUGCUACCGGCUGCCCAUCGCCAGGGACGACAUCUACUUCCUGGCCUCCUGGGAGGAGCUGGCCAGGCACGAGGACACGCUCCUGCAGCCGGGCCAGGUGGUCGGUGUGGACCUGGAGUGGAGACCGUCUUUCGGCACAGGCGGCCGGCCCCGGGUGUCGCUCAUGCAGGUGGCCGUGGAGGGCCGUGUGUUCCUGCUGGACCUGCCCCGGCUCUCAAGUCCCGUGGGAGGGCAGGGACCCCACGCCUUCUCCCGGCUGGUGUCCCGGCUGCUCUCAGACCCCUCCAUCACCAAGCUGGGUUACGGGAUGGCGGGGGACCUGCGGAGCCUGGGUGCAUCCUGCCCAGCCCUGGCGCAGGCUGGGCAGAAGCUGCAGGGCGGCCUGGACCUGCUGCAGGUGCACAGACAGAUGCGGGUGGCGGACAGGCCAGCCCCAGCUGUGGACGGGGCCGCAGGGCUGCGGGGCCUCAGCCUUCUGGUACAGCAGGUGCUGGGCAAGCCGCUGGACAAGACACAGCAGCUCUCCAACUGGGACCGGCGGCCGUUGGGAGAGAGGCAGCUAGUCUAUGCAGCUGCGGAUGCCUACUGCCUGCUGGAGGUGUACUGGGCGCUGUGCAGAGAGCCUGCCCGCUUCCACCUACCAGGGGCCCUGCCCUGGAGCCUGAGGCUGGGACACAGCAAGAGACACGGGACUUGGGAGCCGCCCCUGCAGCAGGCCUCAGCCUCUCCCUGGCAAGUGCUCUCGCCUGAGGACGCGGCCCCCGAGGUCCCGGCCCGGGCCUUCCGCGUGGUGUGUGACAACAUGCUGAGGGGGCUGGGGCGGACCCUCCGCUGUCUGGGCGUCGACGUGCGGGUGCUGCACUCCGGCGAGGACCACCGGCAGGCCGCCGAGUGUGCUUUGCGCAGCUAUCUCCACGGUGGGAUUCUAGACCGUUCAUCCCCCCGCCCGCCGGUGAAGGGGCCCCCUCCAAGCUCCGCCCACUCCCGGCCAAGGCCCGCCCUCGACCAGGCUCCGCCCCUCCAGGCCCCGCAGCCUGAUUUCUGGCUGCUCUGGAUAUUGCAUGCCAGCGGGCUUGUGCUGGUGGCCUCUUGGUCCUGGCUUCUUUCACGAGCGUGGUGUUUCCCAGGCUCGUCUGUGUUGCAGCAUCUAUCAGUGCUUCAAUCCUUUUUACAAUCAAAUAACAUUCCAUCGGAUGGACCAAAGUGGAUCCAUCCACCGGCCACUGAUGGACACCCAGGCUGUUGUGACUUGUGCAGCCACAAAAGAGCCACAGAGGUGGCCAGGUCGAAAUUACGUAAUUAUGUGUGGUUUCUUCUAUGCAUUUGGACACCUUCUGGGAAGGGUCCCCAGGCUCAGCAAGCGGGCAACUGGGUCAUGGGGCAGGGAGGGGAUGGUGAGAGGAGUGGGGUCUGAGUUUGGCAGGUAGCCCUUCCCUGAACGCUGGACAGCCCGCUGGAUGUUUCGGUAGCCUUCCCACCCCUGCUAACAAGGAAGCUGGGGCCAGAAGAACAGAGGGGCUUUCUGCCCAGGGCUGCAGAGGUAGGGCUGAGCCAGGAGGGAGCGUCUGCCUCCCGAGCCAGCCCCCACGUCCACCUUCCUCAGCCCUGGCCCCUCAUGGCCAGCUCUUUCAGAGGCCUGGUCCUGGCUCCCAGGGAAGGAGGCGUGAUCGUGUCAAGAGUGGCUCUGGCCGCCGUCCCUGUCGGAAACCCUCAGUCCUCCCGCUGGGGUUGUUUCUAGCUUACAGAGGCUGAGACGAGAAGGCCAGCCUGGUUUCCUGAGGACCCCAGACGAGGUGUCAGCAGUCACAGGGGCCAGGGAGCACAGGGCACCCCCAGAGCCUGGCCACUCCCACCCCCGCAGAACUCAGUUUGAGUUCACGCUUAAGUGGCUGCAGCCACAGAGGCAAACCAGUGGACACGGGAGCCAGGAGUCGGUUGCUGUAACGGGCGCCUCAGAUGCAGCAGGGCCGCGGGAGGGGCAGAGUCUGGGGACCUCCUGGGGUCAGGAUGGCCCAGCAGAGCAGGCGCUAAAGCCCAGCAGGACCUGGGCUAGAGCCAGACGGUUGGACCUCAGAGCCUGGAACAUCACAGUCUUGAGGCCCCAGGCCCAGAGCCCUCCCGAGGGGUGCGGCAGGCGAGGUGCUUCUUCCUGGGAACACAGCUGCAGCUCCAGCCCCUGUGGCUACGGACGGACUCGGCCCCGUGUCCCCUCGGCCUUGUGCUUGGAGCCCCCAGGGCCUGUCAUGGCUGCCCUGCCGUGGCACCUGCAUCACUCACGAAGCGUCCUGGGCAGCGGGGCGAUGUGCCCACCUCUCACACCGGUGGUGCUCUCUGGUGCGGGUGGAGCCCUCUGGCAUUUUCUGGAGAGACUGUCUCUAGCCAGGGGACCCACCACGUCCCGUUGAUGUCUUCUCUUCUGUGGCUCUUUCCCAACCAUGCGUUCCCUGUGCAGACUCCCGAGGAGGUGGCCUGGCUGUGUGGUUCAGCAGGGUUGCCCUGUGGGUUUUGUUUUCUAUGAUGAGCUCCGUUAACGCUUAUCAACAUGCUUUUAAGAAAGCGGGCAGUGCCAGCGAGGGAAGGGAGGAGGCUCCCGCCCCUGCAGCAGAAGCUCAGGGGCUAUGUCCGCGCUUGCAGGGAGCAGACCUUUCAAGGAUGAGCCAGGGUACCGGCCAAGGAUCGGCCAGGCUGCACUAAGGUGCCUCCCAGUCUUCCUGCUGCUUGGGGUCAAGUGUGAGUGAGGCGGUAGAGUCCACCGAGCAGAGAGCCAUCCGUCUGGCAAAGAGAAACCGGGCGUGAUGACGGGAGGUUCGCAGCCCAUGCAGAUGCAGCAAGAGGCCAAAGUUCAGUGAUUGAUGGCUUCCCGGGCACAGCAGGAGCUGAGGAGCGCACGGUCUUGCUGAGCAGCCACCCGCCUGGCAGGAGCCCGAGUGGGAGCAGGUCCACCUGGGCAGCCGCCACUCUGCUCAGGGUCUGCCUGAUGGCCCCGCCCUCCCCCACCAUCUGCGGCCAGUUCCUUGCAGCAAACCUCAGUGUGCCUCUGGCUGGCUCCAGUGCCCCAGGGACCCGACGGACAGGGGCACCAGGACAGACGCACAUCCACGAGAGUCAUCUGAACGGCUCCGGUGUUCUGCACCUGGGCCACCAACCUGGUAGAUUUAGGGCACUAAGGACCUGUCUCCAUGGGUAAAGCGGUCACCAGUGUCCCUGGGCUGUUGUGGCCUUGCUUCUCAGAACAUGGCCAUGGGCUUCCCCGUGGAGGCCCUGCAGGAGAGCCCGCAGGGCUGGCUGGUGGGCCGGGAACCGUGCCCAGGGCUCCAUCCCGUGAGCGGCCGAGGUCGCCGCUUCACUGUCCUUUUCACCAGUCCUGUCAGCAGGCAGUCACGUCUCGCAGCACUCUUGCUCACCUUUCUCCAGGUAUCGGUGAAGCCAGGUGUCCUUUCUUGUGCUUGCUCACUGCCUGUGCCCCUGUGAAGGGCCCCGGGCGGAAAGCCGCAGGUCUGACCCUGGCCUCGGAAGGCCCACUGGGCUGGCACAGUUGGUCUGCAACACAUGAUGCUGCCGUAUUUUCUGCUGGUACACAGAACUGCACGGGCCUUUAGCUCUCAGUUGCCUGAGAGUUGAGCUUACCUCCGGAAGCCUCGCAGAAAUCUCAAUUCUACUGAGUUGGCUGUCAGUUCUUGGGGUCUCCUUUGCGGACAAACCAUCUGUAGACAGGGAUAGUUUCAUUCCUUCCUCCCCAGGCUUUACGGGUCUCAUUUUUGUCCCAUAUCCUCUCACAGCAGUCAAGGCCUCCAUGAUGGGGUUGAACAGAUGGAACUGUGGCCGGCUGUCUCAGUUCUGACUUAACGGGCUGUUUCUCCAUGACAUGUGGUGGUUGCCAGGCCCCCACACCGGGAUGCAGGCUCCAUGUCUGCUGCACAUCUUGCCAUGAAAGAAGCUGAAUUCUACCUGAUGCUGCCUCUGCAGCCACUGAGAUCAUCCUGUGAUCUGUGCACGCGAUGAGCCUUUUCAGUUUGGAGCCAGCCUUGCAUGCCAGUUGCACCCAGCCUGCUAGCGUGUCACGUGGCUGGACCUGUCUUCAGGACCAUUCUGACACAGGACUUCUCCUGCUCACCAUCUUCUCUUCUGCUUCAUAAACAAGCUGGGGAGUUUUCCCUCCUCUCUGCUUUCUGCCACUUUGAGUAAUAUUUGGAUUUUUCUCUCAAACACUGGCUGAGUUCCUGCAAGGCCACCUUAGCCUCGUGUUUUGGACGGAGGAAUUUAGGAGUUUCGGAUUCUUUUCACUAAUGGUUUUAGGACUACUUAGUCGACUGCGUCUUCUUGGGUCUCUUGGCAAGCCACGCCCUCCUCUGGAGCUCGCCCCUCUCACUUGGUGCCUCGUGUAUGAGGCCAGGUCUCACUGCUCUGUGAAGCUCCGGUGUGCCUCGCGGCCAUCAGUUUCGGUCUGAUUGAUGUUCACUUGUGCUUCACCUGUUUCCUGAUCUUACAGAGUGUCUGUCAGUUGAAUAAGUCCCUUCAAAUAACUGGUAUUUGGCUUUGUUGAUCCUUUCUGUUGCAUUUUUGUGUUUUUUUAAUCUCAUUAAUUUCUCUUUUUAUCUUUAUAGUUUCCUUCCUUUUGCUUACUUGGGGUUAUUUCCAAGAGGAGGGCUUCGCUCUUUAAUUUUCAGCCUCUUAAAUCUUACGAUGUAAACAUUCAGGACAGUAACUUUUUCUUGAAGUAAUAUUUUCACUGCACUCCAUCCAUUUUGAUAUGUAGUAUUUUCAUUACUUUUCAGUGCAUUAUUAAUUUUUGAGUUUCGAAUUUGAGUUCAAAUUACUUAUUUGAAAGGCUGUUUUUCAGUUUCAGAAAGCUUGGGGUUUGGGAGCUUUUUAGCAUCUUUUACAAAUCGAUUUCUAACCUAAGUGAAUUGUAGUCUGUAUACUGCUGAUUUAGACGUUUGCGAGGACUAGCUUUGUAGCCAAGCAGACCGUGCUUUUGUAAACGUUCCACGUGGAUUUAGAGAGGCCAGUCUCUUCCAGUCGUGUUCUCGUCCCUCUCUUGCUUUGGUACGCUCAGUAGGUCAAGCGUACUCAAUAUUUCCUCAAAUCAUCUGUAUCUUGUUUUGUUAUUUUUCUGCCCACUUCUAUCAAUGACCAAGAGAGCUGUACUGAAGUCUCCAGUGGACACUGGGUUUUUCAGGUUCUCCCUGUAGUUACGUAUUUGCUUUACCUGUUUUAAAGUUGUUGUUAGUUGCAUAUGCACACAGCUUUUAGAAUUCUUGUAUCUUCCUGUUGAGUGAAAUGUUUAUGAGAUGAACCUCUGGCUCUACUAACACUCUUUGCCGUAAGGUCUAUUUGGACAGAUAUUAAUACCGUUACUCCAGCACUCUUUGGUUAGUGUUUGUGUAUCACUUUCUCAUCCUUUUGCGUUCAACCUUCCUUUGCUCUUGUUAUAGUUUCCAGCUGUUUUUUAAAAAAAUCUAGUCUGAUAGUCUUUGUUUUUCAACCUGUCAGUUCCAUCCAUUUACAUCUGUGGUAAUCGCUCAUUUGUGUUUGCUUGUGAUAUGCUAAUUUGUUCUUUCUACCUCUCCUACUUUUUCUGUUCUUUUUUCUCCUUUGUUUCUUAUAUUCUUUUCUCUUUUUCACCCUUGUUUCUAUUUUUCCCUCUAUUAAUUUGAAAGUUAUAAAUCCUAUUUCUGUUCUUUUAGGGGUUAGCCUGGAAAUUUUAGCAUGUAUAUUUGAGUUAACAAUGUCUAAACUUAAAAUUAAUCCAAAGAUUUCAGAUCAUUUUAGCUUUCUCACCUGCUUUCCAUCUUACUAUUAUUUUCCAGUAUUUUCAACACAUUGUGGUUUUUCUUAGUUUUGCAAAUUAGACAUUACAUUUCUUUUAUAUAUUCAGUGAUUCUUAGAAUUUAUGAUGUAUGGACAUGCAUAGGCACUCCGAGAAAAGGCAGACUUUUUUUUAUCAAAGGGAUUUCCUUUGCUAUGACCUUUCACUGGGGCCACUUUUCCUUGAAAAUUGUGUUUCCUCUCUGUCCUGAAAGAGUGUGUUGCUGGGUUUGUGACUGUGGCCUGACAGGACUCUGAGCAGAGUCCUCUGCUCUUGUCAUCGCUGUUGGACAGCUGCCUUCUUGACUGCCCUCUUGUCUGGAUCUUUCUUCAUAUUUACCUCAAUUAUGUGUUUGUUUUUAAUUCUGUUUUUAUUCAUCACAUAGAUGUGUAUUUGUUUCCACUACAAAGUAACCACUUGCUUUAUUGCUUUUUUUCUUUUAUUGUGGAAAAUUGAUCAUCGUAACCGUAUUUAAGUGUACAGCUCAGUGACAUUAUGUUCCCAGUGUGUAACCAUUGCCACUAUCUAUUUCCAGAACUUUUCUUCAUCUCAGACUAAACUUCUAUAUGCAUUAAAUGAUCAUUCUACAUUUACCCCUCUCCAGCCCCUGGCAAGUACUGUUUCACUUUCUUUCUCUAUGAAUUUAACCCCUCUAGGGACCUCACUUAAGUAGAAUCAUAUGAAGUUUACCCUUUUGUGUCUGGCUUAUUUCACUGAGCAUAAUGUCUUCGAAGUCCAUCCUUGCUGCAGCCUGUAUCAGAUUUUACUUCCUUUUUAAAUCUGAAUAAGUUCCAUCAUGCGUGUGUGUGUCAUCUGCUGAGGCACACUUGGGUUGCCUCCAUUUGGCUGCUGUGAAUAGUACUCCUACUGUCCACUGUGAGGUACACGCAUCUGCUCACGUUUCUGCUUUCAGGUCCUUUGGACCUGUACCUGGCAGCGGAAUCGCUGGAUCGUGCGGUAACUCUGUUUAAUCUUCUGAGGGACUGCAGCCGUCUUUCACAGGCAGCCGCACUUUACAUUCCCGCCAGCAACGCGUAAGGCUUCCAGAUUUCUGUACAUUCUCAUCAACACUUCAUUUCCUUUUUAAAAAUAAAAGCCAUCCUAACAGAUGUGAAGUGAUACCCAGUGUAUCCCGUUUCCCUGAUGACUCAUGUUGAGCACCCUUACAUGUGCAUAUUGGUCAUUUGUGUGCCUUCUCUGGAGAAGUGUAUUUUCUCCAGAGAAGAAGAAGGGCAAGGUCCCUUGCCCACAUAUUAACUGGUUUAUCUGCUUUUCCUGCCAUUGAGUUGUGGGAGUUAUUUAUAUAUUCUACAUGUUAAUCCCUGAUCAGAUACAUGAUUUGCAAAUAUUCUUCCCCAUUCUGUGGGUUGUUUUUUCACUUUCUUAGCAGUGUCCUGUGAUGUACAAAAGUUUUUUAAGUUUCACAAAGUCCAAUUUAUUUUUAAUUGUGUU